AUCCAACCAUACCUGCCAUACAUGCAUAGGUGUGGAGGAUCACUCAUAAACUCACAAUGGGUUCUGUUACCUGCUCAUUGUAUGGAUGUAGACCAGAACCUUAAAUCAUGGAAGGUUUGCUUUGGACUUGACUCAGCGGAGACAUGUGUCGGGACUGAUGCUCUUAUCAGGCAUGAGAACUACAACUAUCAACAGAGCAAUGACCAUUCCCAUGAUAUAGCUUUACUUCAUCUGUCAGAGGAGGUGACCAAUAUGCAGCCAAUCUGUCUUCCUGCUUCAGAAGAAUUUCUGUCACCGGGAGAGCUCUGCUACUGGGCAGGGUGGGCUGCCACAGGUGGAAUGAAAUCUGCUACAUCCAAGGCAAGGUUUCAAACUCCAGUACCCAUCAUGCCUUUUGAAGUUUGCAGCCAGCCCAAAUUUUGGGAGAGCCACCUCACUACAUCAAUGUUAUGCACUGGAUUUAACUUACCUGAGAAGCUUAAGUCUAGUUGCAGGAGUGAAGCCGAAGGAGCUCUGAUCUGUAAGUCUACUAAGGACACUGCCUGGGAACUUCAGGGAAUCACAAACUUUGGGCCCAAGAACUGUCUGGUGGAUAGAAAGCCUCAGGUCUUCACCAGAGUGUCAGCCUACAAUGAUUGGAUUGCAGACCAGAUCAAAAAAUACAUUUAUGAAAAGACCAUUGCAUAAGCA